CGAAGCGAGUCUGAGAACUACAGCUUUCAAAAGCUAGACGCCAGAAAAAGGCGAGGACUGCAACUCCCAUAAUGCAGCGCUUCACCAUCUCUCAGGGCCGCACCUUCCACAUGCCCAAUGAGCAGGGGUCGCUUGUCACUUCUCUUCUCCAUUGGUCAGUCUUCCUCUGCGCAGGGCGCAGUAGGGAGGAGAGAAACAGAGGCCUCCGGAUGGCACAUUUCCCGCCAGCCCCAGAAACCCGGAAGAAAGUUGGAAAAACUAAUUCCUCCAUUGGACACUCACUACUCUGGCGUCAGAAUGUUUAGCCAAUAGAAUUACGAAUCUGCUCACGGACUCCCCGCCUCUUCCUCUUGGUCCGCUCUGGUGGCGGGAAAAAUUGGGAAGUUUUUCGCGCGGAGCUAAAGGUACCCUUCUGAGCAGUAGGCAUGGCGGGCACCGUGGUGCUGGACGACGUGGAGCUGCGGGAGGCUCAGAGAGAUUACCUAGACUUCUUGGAUGAUGAGGAAGACCAGGGAAUUUAUCAGAGCAAAGUUCGAGACAUGAUUAGUGAUAGUCAAUACCGGCUGAUUGUCAGUGUGAAUGACUUACGCAGAAAAAAUGAAAAGAGAGCAAACCUCCUUCUGAGCAAUGCAUUUGAGGAGCUGGUUGCCUUCCAACGGGCCUUAAAAGAGUUUGUGGCCUCCAUUGAUGCUACCUAUGCCAAGCAAUAUGAAGAGUUCUAUAUAGGAUUGGAGGGCAGCUUUGGCUCCAAGCAUGUGUCUCCCCGGACUCUUACUUCCUGCUUCCUCAGCUGUGUGGUCUGUGUGGAGGGCAUUGUCACUAAAUGCUCUCUAGUUCGUCCCAAAGUUGUUCGCAGUGUCCACUACUGCCCUGCUACCAAGAAGACUAUAGAGCGACGUUAUUCUGAUCUCACUAACCUGGUGGCUUUUCCAUCCAGUUCUGUUUAUCCUACCAAGGAUGAGGAGAACAACCCUCUAGAGACAGAAUACGGCCUUUCUGUCUAUAAGGACCACCAGAUCAUCACCAUCCAGGAGAUGCCUGAGAAGGCCCCAGCUGGCCAGCUGCCCCGCUCUGUGGAUGUCAUUCUGGAUGAUGACUUGGUGGAUAAAGUGAAGCCUGGUGACCGAGUCCAGGUGGUGGGGACCUACCGCUGCCUUCCUGGAAAGAAAGGAGGCUACACCUCAGGGACCUUCAGGACUGUCCUGAUUGCCUGCAAUGUAAAGCAAAUGAGCAAGGACAUUCAGCCUUCAUUUUCUGCUGAGGAUAUCGCCAAGAUCAAGAAGUUCAGUAAAACUCGUUCCAAGGAUAUCUUUGACCAGCUGGCUAGAUCAUUGGCCCCUAGUAUCCAUGGGCAUGACUACGUCAAGAAGGCCAUCCUCUGCUUGCUGCUGGGAGGGGUGGAACGAGACCUGGAGAAUGGCAGCCAUAUCCGUGGGGACAUCAAUAUUCUUCUGAUAGGAGAUCCAUCAGUUGCCAAGUCUCAGCUUCUGCGGUAUGUGCUUUGCACAGCACCGUGCGCUAUCCCCACCACUGGCCGGGGCUCCUCUGGAGUGGGUCUGACAGCUGCUGUCACCACAGACCAGGAAACAGGGGAGCGUCGUCUUGAAGCAGGGGCCAUGGUUCUGGCUGACAGAGGUGUGGUUUGCAUCGAUGAAUUUGACAAGAUGUCUGAUAUGGACCGCACAGCCAUCCAUGAGGUCAUGGAGCAGGGACGAGUGACCAUUGCCAAGGCUGGCAUCCAUGCUCGGCUGAAUGCCCGCUGUAGUGUUUUGGCAGCUGCCAACCCUGUGUAUGGCAGGUAUGAUCAGUACAAGACCCCAAUGGAGAACAUUGGACUUCAGGACUCGCUGCUGUCUCGAUUUGACUUGCUCUUCAUCAUGCUGGAUCAGAUGGAUCCUGAGCAGGAUCGAGAGAUCUCAGACCAUGUCCUCAGGAUGCACCGUUACAGAGCACCUGGGGAGCAGGAUGGCGACGCUAUGCCCUUGGGUAGUGCUGUCGAUAUCCUGGCCACAGAUGACCCUAACUUUAGCCAGGAUGACCAACAGGACACUCAGAUUUAUGAGAAGCAUGACAAUCUUCUGCAUGGGACCAAGAAGAAAAGGGAGAAGAUGGUGAGUGCAGCAUUCAUGAAGAAGUACAUCCAUGUGGCCAAAAUCAUCAAGCCCGUCCUCACACAGGAGUCGGCUACCUACAUUGCAGAAGAGUACUCACGCCUGCGCAGCCAGGACAGCAUGAGCUUGGAUACCGCCAGGACAUCUCCAGUUACAGCACGAACCCUGGAAACUCUGAUUCGACUGUCCACUGCCCAUGCAAAGGCUCGCAUGAGCAAGACUGUGGACCUGCAGGAUGCAGAGGAAGCCGUGGAGCUGGUCCAGUAUGCUUACUUCAAGAAGGUUCUGGAGAAGGAGAAGAAACGUAAGAAGCGAAGUGAGGAUGAAUCUGAGACAGAGGAUGAUGAAGAGAAAAGCCAGGAGGAGCAUGAGCAGAAGAGGAAAAGGAGGAAGACUCGUCAGUCAGAUGCCAAGGAUGGGGAUCCCUAUGACCCCUAUGACUUCAGUGACACAGAGGAGGAAAUGCCUCAAGUACAUACCCCGAAGACUGCAGACUCACAGGAGACCUCGAAGACUGCAGAAUCGCAGGAGACCCAGGAAUCCCAGAAGGUGGAGCUUAGUGAGUCCCGGUUGAAAGCCUUCAAGGCAGCCCUCUUGAACGUGUUCCAGGAAGCUCAUGCACAGUCAGUGGGUCUGACUCGCCUCACAGAAUCCAUCAAUCAGGGCAAGGAAGAGCCCUUCUCUGCAGAGGAAAUCCAAGCUGCACUGGACAAGAUGCAGGAUGACAACCAGGUCAUGCUGUCUGAGGGCAUCGUCUUCCUCAUCUGAGGAGGUCUCAUCUCUGAACUCCUGCCCCUCCCUCCACCCUUGGCUCUGCCUUCGUUCCCCAGAUAGUGUGUAAUUGAACUGAAGCUGAGGUGCACAAGGUGAAGAUGGAUCAGGACUUGCUGGCAGCUUUGGGAAUGGAUGAUGAUAGCUGUCAUGGGGUGGAGAGCCAGAAGUGGGAAAGGACCAGAACUCUGCUUCUUCACAGCAGGAGAACUGGAUCAUACACCUGUUCUCCGUCCCCAAAUAGAUUCUGUGUUAUUUUGUAUAAACAUAACUUUUGAGUGUGUUUGUGGGCACAGAGUUUCUGUUUAUCCUUUCUGUGUUUGUUGACUGGUGAGUUUUUUUUGUUGUUGUGGUUGGUGUUUUUGCUCUUGAGCACUUUGGUCUGGAAAAGGCUUUGAGUUUUAUGCUGGUAGACACUGAAACAGCCUGUGCAGGCCAAAAACCUUUCUUUGCAGACUAAUAUGUGCUUUUGAUCUAAGUAUUUGGGGCACUGAAUAAACGGAACUGCUUUGUA